AUGUUGCGCAUGGAGAGGAUGACUGCGGAUCAGGCAAAGGCGGGCCCACUCGAAAGGGACAUUGACUUGGCCAUCACUGCUCUGAAAAAAGGUGCACAGUUACUCAAGUAUGGACGCAGAGGAAAACCCAAAUUUUGUCCUUUCAGGCUGUCCAAUGAUGAAUCUUCUCUAAUAUGGUACUCAGGGAAAGAGGAGAAAUAUGUUAAACUAAGCCACGUCUCCAGAAUUAUACCUGGUCAGCGAACACAAACCUUUCAGAGGUAUCCUCGACCUGAAAAGGAAUAUCAGUCAUUUUCUCUUAUGUAUAAUGAUAGGUCUUUAGAUUUGAUAUGCAAGGAUAAAGAUGAAGCUGAAGUUUGGUUUACUGGUCUAAAAGCGUUAAUAUCACGUGGCCUUCAUCAGAAGGGGAGAGCAGAAUCAAGAAGUGGAGUUACAUCUGAAGCAAAUAGUCCAAGAUCACAUACCCAAAGAAGUUCUCCUUUGAGCUCUCCAUUUUGUAGUGGUGAUAGUUCGCAGAAGGAUGGUGUGGAACCUUUUCAUCUUCAAGCUACAUUUGAAAGCCCUCCAAAAGUUGGUUUGGAGAAGGCUUUAUCAGAUGUCAUGUUAUAUGCCCUGCCUCCCAAAAUUCCAUUUCCUUCAGACGCUGCAUGUGGCUCGGUCCAGUCUCUGUCAUCAGGAGGUUCAGAUGGAAUGAAUGGACGAAUAAAGGGUGCAGGUGUGGAUGCUUUUAGAGUAAGUUUAUCAAGUGCUGUUAGCUCAUCAAGUCAAGGCUCCGGUCAUGAUGAUGGUGAUGCUUUAGGGGAUGUUUUCAUUUGGGGGGAAGGCAUUGGUGAUUGCUUUCUGGGUGGAGGAUCACAUAGAGUUGGAAGUUCUUCUAGUUGUAAGAUGGACUCUUCUGUGCCUAAAGUCUUGGAAUCUGCUGUAGUACUUGAUGUUCAAAGUAUAGCUUGUGGUGGACGACAUGCUGCUUUCGUAACCAAGCAAGGAGAGGUAUUUUCUUGGGGCGAAGAGUUAGGAGGCAGACUUGGACAUGGUGUGGAUGCUGAUGUUUCGCAUCCGAAGCUCAUAGAUGCUCUUAAAAAUAUCAAUGUUGAAUUUUUAGCAUGCGGGGAAUACCACUCUUGUGCUGUAACACUUUCCGGUGACAUGUACACAUGGGGUGGCAGUACUUGCAAUUUCUCGCUCCUUGGCCAUGGGUUUCAAUCAAGUCAAUGGGUCCCGAGAAAGCUAAAUGGACCUUUAGAGGGGAUUCAUGUCUCAUCGGUUUCUUGUGGACCAUGGCACACAGCUGUUGUGACCUCUGCUGGCCAAUUGUUUACUUUUGGAGAUGGAACUUUUGGUGUUCUAGGUCAUGGGGAUCGAAAGAGUAUUCCGGUACCCAGGGAGGUUGAGUCCCUUAAAGGUCUCCGCACUGUGCGAGUAGCUUGUGGUGUUUGGCACACUGCAGCAGUGAUUGAAGUUAUGAUGGGGUCAUCAAGUUCCAGCAACUGUUCUUCUGGAAAGCUUUUUACAUGGGGAGAUGGAGAUAAAGGUCGACUUGGACAUGGUGAUAAGGAAGCAAGACUUGUGCCCACUUGUGUUGCUGCUUUGGUUGAACCCAACUUCUGUAAAGUUGCUUGCGGACAAAGUCUGACUGUUGCACUUACAACUACGGGCCAUGUUUACACAAUGGGAAGCCCUGUUUUUGGUCAACUAGGGGUCCCUCAAGCUGAUGGGAAACUUCCAUGCCGUGUUGAGGGAAAGCUAAUGAAGAGUUUUGUUGAAGAAAUUGCUUGUGGUGCUUAUCAUGUUGCAGUUUUAACUUCAAGAACUGAAGUUUACACUUGGGGAAAGGGUGCAAAUGGUCGAUUAGGUCUUGGGGAUACAGAAGAUAAAUUUUCACCAACAUUAGUUGAAGCUUUGAAAGACAAACAAGUCAAGAGUAUUGUUUGUGGCACUAACUUUACAGCAGCUAUCUGUCUGCAUAAAUGGGUCUCCGGUAUUGAUCAAUCGAUCAGCAAAAAGUGUCUCAAGGCUUCCAUGGCACCAAACCCAAACAAACCUUAUCGUGUCUGUGACAACUGUUUUAGCAAACUUAGGAAGGCAACCGAAACCAACUCUUCAUCUGGACCUGCUUUUAGUAGAAGAGGAACUUCGCUUCCUGGAUCCAGAAUUGCAUCCCGAGCAACAUCACCAACAUCAAGACGAUCUAGUCCACCUCGUGCAACAACCCCAACCCCAGCUCUUUCAGGGCUUACUUUGCCAAAAGUUGUGGAUGAUGCUAAGAGGACAAAUGACAGUCUGAGUGAAGAAGUUCUUAAAUUAAGAGCUCAGGUUGAAGAUCUUACUCGUAAAGCUCAACUUCAAGAUAUUGAGAUGGAACGAACUACCCAACAGUUGAAGGAGGCUCUCACAGUAGCAGGGGAAGAAACUACAAAAUGUAAAGCAGCGAAGGAAGUAAUUAAGUCGCUCACAGCCCAAUUAAAGGAAAUGGCUGAAAGGUUACCGAUUGGAACAGCAAGAAACAUUGAUACUCGUCCAUUAGACUCUCCCAGUCCCACUCAUGAAGUUUCUACUGCAGCCAUUGAGAAAACAAGCAGUCCAUUGACUUUCCAUGAACCAUAUUCAGUUGUAUCAAACAGCUUGACGAUUUCUGACUUGCCAAAGUCCUACAAUUACCACACUUCAAAUCACACUGAAGUGACACAUUCAGAAGCAACAGCUAGGCAUAAGAACAGGGGAACAAAAACUGAAGCAACACAUGGGGUUGAAUGGGUUGAGCAAGAUGAGCCUGGUGUAUAUAUUACCCUUGUUUCCUUGCCUGGAGGAGUCAAAGAUCUCAAGCGUGUCCGCUUCAGUCGAAAGCGGUUCAGUGAGAAACAAGCAGAACAGUGGUGGGCGGCAAAUAGGGGUAGAGUAUAUCAGCAGUACAAUGUUCCGGUGGUUGAAAAACCGGGUAUUCCCAUGGGGAGAGAAGGGUUAGCUCAUUGA